CUUAAUUCCCUCAUUUCUGUGAACUCUGGAAUUUUCUCCUAAGUUUGAUAAUUAAAGAUAGUAGUUUUGAGAAACAGUAACGUAAAUUUGAGUGAAUUGUGAGUUAGUACUCUAUAUGUUCAAUUAUUCCUUUGUUAUUAUUUCAAUGUCUCCCUCUUACAUUUUCCAUCUUCUUCUUUUUAAUCAAUAUCUAUUUGUUCCUUCCUGAGUAAAAUAUUGGAGGAAUUCCCCACUUUUGAUUAAUUACUCAGUUUGUAUCUUAUUUUUCUCCUAGAGAAGGGGGAGCUUAAAAGACUCCAAUCAUUAAGGAUAUGUCAGGCAAUGAGCAAAAUCAAGAUAUUCAUCAGCAACAGCUCAAAGGAAAGAAACUUUCUUGCGAGACUUUAAAACGAUAUGACUCCUUAGACUUGGAAUCCAGCAAGGUCCCCGAGGCCAAAAAGGCGUUAGAAUGGUCAGUGAUACUGAAUUUGGCGUUUCAAAGCAUAGGGGUAGUGUAUGGAGAUAUUGGAACGUCACCAUUGUACGUGUUUUCAUCCAUUUUCCCUAAUGGUGUAAAAUACGACGAAGAUAUACUUGGUGCACUCUCUCUUAUCUUGUACACAAUCACCUUGAUUCCUGUCAUCAAGUAUGUCUUCAUUGUUCUCCAAGCUAAUGACAACGGAGAUGGAGGUACAUUUGCUUUAUAUUCAUUGAUAUGUCGAUAUUCUAAGGUGGGAUUAAUUCCAAGUCAACAACCAGAAGACAAAGAUGUGUCGACUUUUAAACUUGAUUUGCCAGAUAGACGCACACGUCGAGCUUCAAAGCUUAAGUCAAAGCUAGAAAGCAGCAAUUUUGUAAAGUUCUUCAUGCUAUUUGCCACAAUGCUUGGUACUUCCAUGGUUAUUGGGGAUGGCGUGCUCACUCCUUGCAUUUCAGUUUUGUCUGCUGUUGGAGGACUCAAAGAAGCAGCUCCCUCGGUCCUGACUGAAGGAAGACUUGUUUGGAUAGCAGUAGCCAUUUUGAUAUUUUUGUUCAUGUUCCAAAGAUUUGGAACUGAAAAGGUUGGCUACACUUUUGCACCUGUACUUUGUGUGUGGUUCCUUUUCAUUGCUGGUAUUGGCAUCUACAACUUCGUGAAGUACGAUCCAACUGUUAUCAGGGCACUUAAUCCUAAAUACAUCAUAGACUACUUCAAGAGAAACAAAAAGAACGCUUGGAUUUCUCUUGGCGGGGUCGUUAUGUGCAUAACCGGAGGUGAAGCACUAUUUGCAGAUGUUGGUCAUUUUAGUGUUCGAUCUAUACAGAUAAGUAUGUGCUGUGUGACAUAUCCGGCUCUCAUAUUAGCAUAUCUAGGUCAGGCUGCCUUUUUAAGGAAGCACAGUUAUGAUGUUUCUGAUACUUUCUACAAGUCCUUACCUCAUAGUUUAUAUUGGCCAGUAUUUGCAGUGGCAGUGUUAGCGGCCAUUAUUGCAAGUCAAGCCUUAAUUUCUGGGACGUUUGCUAUAAUCCAGCAAUCCCUGGCAUUAGGAUGCUUUCCUCGUGUUAAAAUUGUGCAUACAUCUAAAAAACAUCAUGGACAAAUUUACAUUCCUGAAAUCAAUAACCUUCUCAUGUUGGCUUGUGUUAUUGUCACUCUUGCAUUCAGGACUACUGAAAAGCUUAGCAAUGCUUAUGGAAUAGCGGUGGUAUUUGUGAUGACACUAACAUCAUGCUUCCUCGUACUAGUUAUGAUCAUGAUAUGGAAAACUCACAUUCUUUUUGUAAUCGUCUAUGUUCUAAUCAUUGGUUUGUUUGAGCUUUUAUUGCUAAGCUCAGUCCUGUACAAGUUCACUCAAGGGGGUUACCUUCCACUGGCGUUCGCAAUGUUCCUAAUGUUUAUCAUGUACGUAUGGAACUAUGUGUACCGAAAGAAGUACCACUUCGAGCUAGAACACAAGAUCUCUCCCUUAAAAGUUAAAGAAACAGUGGACAAAACAAAUUACCAUCGAUUACCUGGACUUGCAAUUUUCUACUCUGAACUUGUUCAUGGAAUUCCACCAAUCUUCAAGCAUUACGUGGAGAAUGUGCCCGCAUUACACUCUGUCCUCGUGUUUGUUUCGGUUAAAUCACUUCCAAUAAGCAAAGUUCCGGUAGAAGAAAGGUUCCUUUUCCGGAAGGUGAAGCCUUGUGAUCUCUACGUGUUUCGAUGUGUGGUGAGAUACGGAUACAAUGAUGUGCGCAACGAGGAAGAGCCCUUCGAGAGAUUAUUGGUGGAAAGACUGAAAACUUUUAUACGAGAUGAUUGUAUCUUUUCGAUUAAUGCAGCAAAGAGUAACAGAGUAUCAUCAGAACAGAGCAAUAUGGAAUUGGAAAAUGAUUGUGACAUACAAGAGGAUGCUAUGGAGAGAGAUAUAGAAGUGGUGGAUAGAGCUUAUAGUCUUGGGGUUGUUCAUUUUGUUGGGGAACAAGAUGUGAUUGCAAGCAAUGGGUCUAAUAUUGCAAAGAGAUUUGUGAUUGAUUGUGCUUUCAAUUUCUUGAAGAGGAAUUUGAGGCAAAGUAGCAAAGUUUUUGACAUACCUCACAAACGUAUGUUGAAAGUUGGAAUGAUAUAUGAACUUUAGCAUGCUCUGAAUUUGAAAUUAAGAAGUUAAUCAGUUGUAUUAGUUCAAAUUUAGUUGAAUUAAGGAGAUAACGCCAGCAUAUGUGCUACCCUCAAUCUCCAUCCGUCCAAAGGUCUUGGACUACAAAAUUUCUUGUUUUUUUAAUCUUAUUUUUUUUGUGUGUGUGUUUAAAUUUUAGUAUAAUUUGAAAGAGCGUAACAAUGUAGAGAGAGAAUUAGUAUAUAUAUAUAAUUUUUUUGUUUUGUUUUUUGUGUGUGUAUUAUUUUACCGUUGGAGAACCAACAUAUUUUACUUUGUAUUAUGACUAUUGUCUAUCUUAAAUACUGU